UUGAAUAGUCAAAAAUUCUAAUGAUAAAGGUAAACAGGAGAAUCAAACAAUUCGUCAGCUUCUAGAGUCUAGUUCAUUGAUUUCAUUCCUCAUCUAUACUAUGAUAUAAAAAAAUGUCUUCUGAAAAAGUGCAAAGUAAUGAAGAAAUAGUAGAAGAAAUAACUAAGAAUUUGGAAGAAAAACUUGAAGAAAAGUGUAGGCUUAGUGAAUAUGAAACGGAGAGACAUGAAAGUGGUGAAAACAAAGAAGAAACUUCUACCUCCGACGAAGAAACAAGUUCAGACGAUGAAGAGGAAAAGCCUGGGGAGCUGAAUGAUAACAUUGAUGAAGAACAAUUGAAGGAAUCAGAAAAACAGUUGAAUGAAGAAGAAAUAGAAGAAAGAAAACUCAAGUCCACAGAGUUGAAGAGACAAGGCAAUGAAGAAUAUAAAAAUGAAAAAUAUUUAGAAUCAAUAGUUACCUAUACAGAAGCCCUCAAAAUAUGCCCAACCAAAUACAAUUCUGAAAGAUCAAUAUUAUAUGGUAAUAGGGCAGCAUCAAAAAUUAAUGUGGGUAGAAAAAAGAGCGCUAUUGAGGAUUGUACCAAAUCUAUAGAACUUAAUGACCGGUAUUUGAGGGCUUAUCUCAGAAGAGCCAAACUUUAUGAAGAAGAGGAUAAACUUGAUGAAAGUCUGGAAGAUUUCAAGAAGGUUGUGGAGAUUGAUCCUGGAUGUAAAGAUGCUCUCAAUGCUCUCCAGAGGCUUCCACCAAAGAUACAAGAAAGAAAUGAAAAGUUGAAGGAAGAAAUGUUAGGGAAAUUGAAGGAUUUAGGAAACAUGAUUCUGAAACCAUUUGGUUUGUCAACUAAUAAUUUCAAAUUGGAACAAAAUCCUGAAACAGGCAGUUAUUCUGUCAGCAUGAAUAAAAGCUGAUGAAUAGAUGUUUCUGUUAUGUGAAAAUUGAGUUUUUUAUUCUUCAAUUCUCUCUUUUGUACAAGCACUUACGUUUCAAUUUUAUUAAGAAUAAAUGGGAACAUUCAACAGUUA